GGGUGGCGGGGGAAGGAGGAGCGGGCGCAGGGCGGCGGCGGCGGCCCCGGGAUCGGGAUCGGCCCCGGGAUCGGGAUGGCGGGGCCGGGGCUGGAGCGGUACCGGCUGGCGCUGCUGGCGGCGCGGGAGGACGUGGGGAACCCCCGGGCUGGGACCGACUGGGCCGUCUUCGGCUAUGAGAAGCACCACGACCUCAAGCUCCUGGAUUCCGGAGCCGGGGGGCCGGAUGAGCUCGCUGGAAAAUUCUCUGUGGGCAGCGUCAUGUACGGGCUGUGCCGGGUCCUCGAUCCUGGCUCCGGCACCCCCAGGAUCGUCCUUAUCAGCUGGGUGGGGGAAAAGGUGCCGGAAUCGCAGCGGGCGGCGUGUGCCGGGCACCUGCCGGCCAUCCGGAGCUUCUUCAGGGAGGCCACGGCCGUGAUCAGCGCCCGGCGCCCCGAGGAGGUGACGCUGGAGGGGCUGCGCCGAGUGCUGGCACAGCUGGAGCCCCCCGCCCCUCGCCCUCCCAGGAGGACCCCCCAGGACACCCCGGAGCUGGUGGGAACCAACUACCGCAAGACCAACCCGGCGCUGGAGCUGCAGCGCACCCAGCGCGAUUCCUUCUGGGAGCAGGCUGAGCGCGAGGAGCAGCAGCGGAAGGAGCAGGAGAAGCAGCGGGAGCGGGAGCAGCGGCGGCGCUGGGAGCGGGAGCGCAUGGAGGAGGAGCGGCUGCAGGCGGCGGAACGGGAGAGGCGGCUGCAGGAGCGGGAGCGGCUCAUCGAGGAGCGGCGGCAGGAGCAGGCGCGGCUGGACGCGGAGGAGCGGAGGAAGGAGCAGGAGCGAUGGGAGCAGCAGCAGCGGGAGCAGGAGGCGGCCGAGCGGGAGCGCGGGGGUCGCACCGGGCUCAGCGGGACGGCGGCCGAAGCCGCCAUCCUGGUCUCCCAGCGCACCCAGAACCCCCGGGAAUUCUUCCGGCAGCGGGAGCGCUCGGGGUCCACGUCCGCAUCCCCCCUGGCCGGCAGCACCCCCGGUGCCCGCCGGCCCUUCCUGCGGUACCAGCGCAGCCUGACGGAAUCCGCCUUCAUCUUCCGCCGGCCGGAGCCCCCCCAGACCCCCCCGCCCGGCGCCUCCAGGGGAGCACCGCCCCCCAGCCCCCGCCGGCCGCCGCCGCCUCUGCCCCCCGGCCCCGCGGGGACAGGGACACCCCAGAGUGCCACCAGCGGGACCCCCGCCAGCCCCAGGGGGAGGGGCACCCCUCCCUCUGCCACGCUGGGGACGCCCCCCAGCCCAGCCCGAGCAGGGUCCCCUCAUGCCACCAGUCCUGUGGGGACAGGGACCCCACAAUGUGCCACCAGCGGCACCCCCGUCAGCCCUGUGGGGACAGGGACCCCACAAUGUGGCACCUUGGGGCCCCCCUCCAGCCCAGCCCGAGCAGGGUUCCCCCAUGCCACCAGCCCUGUGGGAACAGGGACCCCCCAAUGUGCCACCACCGGGACUCUCCACAGCCCCCUGGGGACAGGGACCCCUCCCUCUGCCACCCCAGGGAGCCCCCCCAGCCCUGUGGUGACGGCCACCCCCCAAUGUGCCGCCACUGGGACCCCCUCGAGCCCCAUGGGAAUGGGGACCCCUCUCUCCCCCGCCCUGGGGACGCCCAAUUUUGCCACCACUGGCUCAGGGUCCCCCCCUGCCAUGUCUGGGCCCCCUCCCAGCCCCCCCCGCAUGGGGGUCCCCCCAGUCCCCUCUGGGCCGGGGUCUUCUGAAAGCACUCCUGGGGUAGAGCCCCUCCCCCCUCCCAGCACUCCGGGCUUGGGGUCUCCCCCCAGCCCCCCCAGAGAUGUGGAGGGGCCCCCCCCGGACAGCCCCCCCCUCCCCAGCCCCCCAGCAUGGGAAUCUCUGGGGCCGCUGCUCGAGGAUGUCCCCAGCCCGCGGGAGGGGUCCCCAAAACCCCCGGCCGGGCCCCCCCUGCACUGCCCCGGCCCCCCCCGCCCGGUGCAGGACCCCCAGGAUUUGGGGCGCAAUGGAAUCGGGGGGCACGAGUGGGGGGGCGGCUGGGAAGCCCCCUGGGAGCCGGAACCCCCCCCGGGGCAGGGGGAGGAGCCCAGCGAGAGCCUCGUCCUGCACAAAGCCACGCCAGGCUUCGCUCUGCUGCUGGCCCGGGACGCCCCCCACCCACCGCUUUUGGGGGGUCCCAGCCCCCCCACCGAGGACGAGGACCUCUCCCCCCACGCUGUGUAAUGGGGGGGGGCUCAGCACCUCCUUUUGGGGUGGGGGGGGUCCCCCCUAUGGCACCACAGCACCCAGGAUGGACACCCCCUCCCCCUCACCCCCCAGCACAGCCUCCACCCCCCCUUUGCACCCCAAAAGAGCAGCUUGGGGAGGGGGCAGCACCCCAAGACCCCCCUCCCCGCUGGUGGCAGCACAGGAUGGGAGGGCACGGACCCCCCCUCACUCGGGCACAGGGACCCCCACGCCCCCCCCCACCCCCCCAAAAUCACACA